AUGGAUGAUGAAGACGAGUUUGGCGCUGAUGCUGACUUUCUAGCAGCUCUUGCAGCUUCAGAAGCCUCAGCUACGCCUCCAGCUCGUGUCCAACAACCAACUCCGCAACGGAUCCAACAACCUACGCCACAGCGUCUCGACCGCGCACCACCUAAUACGUCUACCUCGACUGGCCCCAAAGUUGUACAGCCAACUCCUCAACCUAUUGCCUCGCGCUCAUCUGGCUCUUCAAUUCUCGUCUCGCCCCGUCAGAAAGGCAAUCCAAUCCUCACGCACUUGCGCUCAUUCGCAUGGGAAUACUCCGACAUCCUAGCUGAUUACAUUCUCGGACUUACAACAUGCGCCCUCUUCCUCUCGCUCAAGUAUCAUCGGUUACAUCCCGAAUAUAUCUACAACCGUAUUAAGCUCUUGGCUGGGAAGUACAAUCUUCGGAUUCUGCUGGUGAUGGUAGAUAUCGGGAACCACGAAGAUAGUUUGAAGGAGUUAUCGAAGACGAGUCUGGUCAACAAUGUCACUGUUAUUCUAUGUUGGAGUGCUCCCGAAGCUGCAAGAUACCUAGAGCUGUACAAGAGCUAUGAACAUGCGAACGCGAGCGCUAUUAGAGGGGUGGAAAGCAAAGGUUACGCAGAGAAGAUGGUGGAGUUUGUGACAGUUCCGAGGAGCAUCAAUAAGACGGAUGCAGUAUCACUUGUGAGUGCAUUUGGAAGCAUCAGGGCGGCAGUCAAUGCGAAGCCGGAGGAAGUUGCUAUUGUUAGCGGAUGGGGAGAGAAGAAAGUUCAAAAGUGGUGUAGCGUUGUUGACGAACCUUUUCGAGCUCGGAGGGCAGCCAAGAGAGGAGCAACGGCAAAAGGUAUUGCAGGCGAUGAUAGACAGCAGUCUGAAGGUGUCUUGGAUCGUGCUGUGCCGUUGAGUAGGGUCCCUCUGAGAGAGAUGAGCUCCUUGGGCGAGAAGAGUGCUACAAAGGAGACGAUAGGAGAAUCAGAGCAAUCUGCAGCAGCCCCAAAGCAGUUCGAAAUGUGGGAUCCUGAUGACGAUGACGAGGAAGCUUUAAUCGCGGCCGCGGAAGAGGAGGAGAGGUUAGCUAGGGAAAAGAGAACGACGCAGGCAAGGAAAGAUAACGAAUUGAGCGAUGGAGUUGCAGAUGCUUUGGCUAGACUGCGAGAGAAGGGUUAA